CGGCCUGGCGGGAACGAUGUAGAGCGUGAGCUGAUUAAUCGGGUAGUUGAUAUUAUUGGCGAUGGAAUUUAUUGGUAAUAUCGCGCCUUACUCCAGAAGUGUGUUAAUUGUUAUUCGGCAUUAGUUUUAUAUUGCGUGAGUGCCACGUGUGAAUAAAUUACGGCAUUACGAGGUUAGUAUCGCGUGCAUGACAAUCGAUGCUAACAUAGCGACAUCGCAAAAGAUUUGAACGUGCUCGUGCCUGUCGCUUCUGACUUAAUACGUUGCGAUGGAAAAUAGCACAAAGACUCACAGAAAGAGGACUGCGGAGGAGAAAUCCAACGAAUCUCAGGCUAAACGUGCCAGAAAUAAUCAGAAUGCCAGUACUGUGACUGAGCAUACAGCUGGGAAAGUAAAAUGCAUUCGUGUUCGCAAUUUUAUGUGCCAUGAAGCCUUGGAAAUAAAGCUAAACGAGAAUGUUAAUUUUAUUGUGGGUCGUAAUGGCAGCGGUAAAAGUGCUAUAUUGACAGCACUGACCGUAGGCCUCGGUGCAAGAGCGAAUAUCACAAAUAGAGGAGCCUCUGUCAAAGAGUUCAUAAAGAAAGGUAAAACCUCUGCCACCAUUGAAGUAACUUUAACUAAUGAAGGAGACACAGCAUACAAGCCUGAUAUUUAUGGCGACACAAUUACAGUUUUACGUACCAUUGGGAAUACCUUAUCGUACAAGAUUAAAAAUUCAAAAGGAGAUGUUAUUUCUACAAAGCGGGAUGAAUUGGAGAACAUUAUGACAACGAUGAACAUACAGAUCGAUAAUCCAAUCUCUGUCCUGAAUCAGGAUGUUUCGAGAACAUUCUUGGUUAUCUCUAAACCUCACGAAAAGUACAAUCUGUUCUUGAAAGCUACUCUCUUAGACGCCAUAGAAAAUAAUUACAAGGAAGCUCUGCACAUAUGCGAGGAAGAAUAUGAGAAAUUGAAGCAAUAUUCUGAGACCUUGUCGCAAGUAAAGUCGGAAAUACAGAAAUUGAAGGAGAGCAUACAUAGAUUGCAGGAAAUGGAUGCGUCACGCCUGGAACUUAGCAAUCUUGAAAAGGAACUGCAUUGGGUUACAGCUAUUGUGGAGGAAACUAAACUUGGCAAGAUAAAGGAAAAGUUAAAGCUGUAUGAAGAUAACUUGAAAGAGCUUCAGAAUGUAGAAUUAUCCGUAGGAACAAAAGACGAAGAGAUUGAUAAAAAAAUUAAAGAAGUGGAGGAGAAAAUUCAUCAGGCCGAGCAAGAGGUAACUGACAGCAGCGCAGCUUAUAACAGCGCGAAGGAAAAAUAUUCUGUUGCAAACGAGGCGUAUUCUAGCAAGCAGCGCGAGUGGCGUUCUGUAGGGAGUAAGAAAAAACGCUUGGAGGAUGAUAUUGACUUGCUGAGAAGAGAGAUUCAAAAAUUAGAAAGCUGCAAUAAUGAGGAGCAUAACAAGAAAAAAGAGAUGACGGAACGCCUGUCGAAGAUGGAAGAAAGAUUGGACGAGCUCGAAGCGUCGUUGCGAACGAAACAAACCGAAUUGAUGCAUCUGGAGGCUGAUAAGAUGCGACUUCUGCAGGAGGUACAGUCUGCCAAGAAUGAAGUGGAAAAUUUCAAUAGACGUAUAGAUAAGAUCAAGAGAGAAUUGAGUGCGUUCGAGCAACAAUCGGAUAACGCGCUGAGUGUAUUCGGGCCAAAUAUACCGCGUCUGUUGCGAAGGAUCGAGGAAGAAUAUCAGAAAGGUCGAUUUAAGGAGAAACCUCGCGGCCCAAUUGGCGCUUACAUCAAACUGAAGGAUGCGACGUGGGCACCUGCUGUGGAAAGUUACCUGGGCUAUCAUACUCUCGGCUCAUUCUGCGUUGACAAUACCCAGGACGCCAAAUUAUUGACCAGUAUUAUGAAAGAGAUUUUCUACAACGAGAAAAAUCCCCAAAUCAUAUCCAGCAAGUUCUAUCAUAAGGUGCACGAUGUUUCGCGCUAUUGUACGCAAUCACCACAGUAUUCGAAUCUUUUGGAGGCGAUGGUGAUAGAAGAUCCCAUUGUAGCUAAUUCUCUGAUCGAUCAAAGCGAGGUCGAGUGCGUACUUCUCAUACCAACGAAUAAAGAGGCUUGCGAGAUAAUGUCGGAUGCGACGAAAGUACCAAAGUAUUGUAAGAAAGCGUUUACUCAGCGCGGCGACACGUUCUUUCCCGAUCCCAAUUAUAGGAGUUACAGUGGAAAGUGCGGCACGCGUGCCAAAUAUCUUCAAGUUUCCACGAUGGAAGCGAUACAAACGCUAAAAGAGGAGCUGCAGGUAGCGAUGAAUAAGAAGCGAGAAGCCGCUUUGGCAUACGAUGCUAUACACGAUAAGAUGAAUCGCACCAAUUCCGAAUUGAGUAACGUGAGCAUAGCGGUUCGCAAAUUGAGGUCUGCACAGAGCGAAUGCAACGAUUCGAUCAAUGAAUUGAAAGAUAAAAUCGAAUCGAGCGAAGCCACGUCUGUCGACGUUUUCCGGAUCGAAGCUACGGAAUUGGAGAAGAAGUUGGCGCAGGAGAAUACCGUGGAGAAGGCUCUGGCCGAGACUGUCAAGGAACUUCAGAAGAAUGUUCAAACUCUUGAUGCGGAAGUCAAACGUUGCAGAGACUUGAGACAUAAUUUGCACACGGUGAUCGAUCCCCUCAAAGAUGAGAUAAACGAGCUCAAGCAGCAGAAGGAAAGACAUCGGAAUGAGUGUCAGCGCGCUAAUCGUAAGCUGCAGGAUGUCCGCCAAGCCAUACAAAGCGUCACGGGAGAAUUUGAGAUGCAAGAGAGAGCUACGACAAAAGCUGUCUCCGCCGCUACCGCGCAAUGUCCCAGAAUAAAUACGACCAGAUCAGCAACCCAAGUCAAAGAUCUGCUAACCAAUUUACAAGAAAAAAUCAACGAAGUCGAACAUCAGUUUGGCUCUAUAGACGACCUGCAGGAUCAACUGAAAGAGAAGGAGGCGAAGUAUGGAGUGAACAUUGAGCUUGCGUCUCGAUUGAAGCAAAGUUGCGAAAAACACAUUGAACGAGUGAAACAUCGGCAAAACAUGUUUAUCCAAUUGAGGCAGUUGUACGGUAUUCAAAUUCAAAAAGCUUUCACCGAUAUACUCUCUUUAAGACAAUACAAGGGUACUAUAAAGAUCGAUCACGCAAACAAAAUACUCGAAUUGCACGUGAGCGCGCGCGACGAUAAGAAAUCCGGAAACGAUACCAGGUCGCUCUCGGGAGGUGAGCGAUCCUACUCGACCGUCGCGUUCAUCUUGGCUCUCUGGGAGUGCAUUCAGCUGCCUUUCUACUUUCUCGAUGAAUUCGACGUAUUUAUGGAUAAAGUGAAUCGUCAGGUAAUAAUGGACAUCCUAUUGGAUCACACUAGGUCACACCCGCAAAGCCAAUUCGCUUUCCUCACACCUUUGGACACGUCACAAAUUCUUGCCGAGGACUACGUGACAAUUCACCAGUUGCAGCCACCAGAAAGAAGAGGUCUAAGUCAGUAGAUCGAUGAUACUGCUCUUUCCUUAUUUCCAAAGUGAAGUAAUGCCUCUGCGUACGCGUAAGUUGAUAGAUUGUAUUUAAUGCUGGCGGCGCAGAAACUUGUUACCUAGCGAUUAAAAAAAAAAUUAUUUAUUUAUGUUGUGUAUUGUUAAGAGGAAAAGUUAAAAUAUUUAUAUCUUAUACGGUUUUCUCACAUGAGGUAUACGAGUAGUAAAUAUAAACUUUUCUUGAAGCCUAUUUUGUACGAGAGUGAUAAGAAAGGAAAAGAAAGUACAAAAAAUUCAUAUAGUGAAAUCCUAAUAAAUUGCGCGUGCAGUAUUGUGUAUUCUCCGACAAACGUAUUUUGUGAACAUUUUGAUCUUGCCUUAUACAUUAAGUGGCCAAAAUAUAUAUUAUCUUAUUAAGUGUGAAUGAAGAUUAAACAAAAAUCUCGAAUGGCAAAUAAUUCUUUAGCAAAACAUUCUCCAUUUCUUUUUAGAGAUUAAAAUACAUUAAUUUUGUUCUUUUGUUCGCACUUGAUUACAAGAGGUAAAACUGUUUUGUUUUUCACAACUAUUUUGUGCGCACUUUACCUUUUCUGCAGAUAUACAUGUUAGAAAAUAUAUAACUGUUGAAGAACAAUAUGAACUGGUCAGUAAGAUGAAACGAGAGCGUAAAAAUAUUUCAUUACAAUGUUCGUUAAUAAUGUUACGUUAAAGAUAAUAAAAACAUUAACAAAAUGCUGAACAAACAAUUGAUAAGCAGUUUGUAAAUGUGUACAUAAGUAA